AUGUCGUCACCGGAGGGGAAACGAUUAGAGGAAGAAUUAUCGUACCCAAUUCUGAUAGCAGAACGAGUUCGCUCAGCGAUAGAAGAAACCGACUCAUUCAAACUCGAGUGUUCCGAAGUCUGGAAACAAGUCGAACGCCUCCUCCAAAUGCUCCGAACAGUUGUCCGAUUCGCCGCCACUUCGCCGCUUUACGAGCGUCCCGUCCGACGAGUAACCGCUGAUACGGCGAAGAAUCUAGAACGCGCUUUGACUUUGGUCAGAAAGUGUAAGCGCCGUAGCAUCCUCCACCGUGUUGUUACCAUCGUUAGCGCCGCGGAGUUUCGGAAAGUUCUGAGUCACCUCGACGCCUCCGUGGGAGAUAUGAAGUGGCUUUUAAGCAUCCUCGACGGUGAAGGUGGUGUCAAUUUGGCGCUUCCUCCGAUUGCGAGUAACGACCCUAUUCUUUCUUGGGUAUGGUCUUUUAUUGCUUCGAUUCAAAUGGGUCAAUUGAAUGAUAAAAUCGAAGCGGCGAAUGAACUUGCUUCAUUAGCACAAGAUAAUGAUAGGUAUCAGAAGAUUAUUGUUGAGGAACAAGGUGUUCCACCCCUUUUGAAGCUUCUGAAAGAAGCUGCUUCACCUGCUGCUCAAAUUGCAGCUGCAACUUGUUUGUGUCAUUUGGCGAAUGAUUUGGAAAGGGUUAGGGUUAUUGUGAAUGAAGUUGGAGUUCCUGCUGUUGUUCAGGUUCUUGCCGAGUCGCCAAUUAGGGUUCAAACCCUAGCUUCUAAUUUAGUUGCUAGGAUGGCUAGACAUGAUCCUGUUGCGCAGGAGGACUUCGCGAGGGAGAACGCGAUUAGACCGCUUGUUACGCUUUUAUCGAUGGAUACUACUGUGGAUGAGCAGCCGGGUAAUAAUGGUAGGCAGAGUAUUCAUUCUAUUUUUCAGAUUAAUAAGGAGUUAGGGAAGAGAACUGAUUAUAUGCCUGGUAAUAGUAGUAAACAGUUUUCGAAUUCGUAUUCAAAUUCCUAUCAUUAUACCGAGGGGAGUAGUCGUGGAGGGAAUUAUAGGAAGGAGAGGGAAAAUGUGGAUCCGGUUGUGAAGCUUCAGCUUAAAAUUAGCUGUGCCGAGGCGUUGUGGAUGCUUGCAGCGGGGAGUGUGUCGAAUAGUAGGAAGAUAACUGAGACGAAAGGGAUGCUUUGUUUGGCUAAGAUUAUUGAGAAGGAACAGGGAGAGUUGCAGCAGAACUGUUUGAUGACUAUUAUGGAGAUAACGGCUGCGGCUGAGUCCAAUGCUGAUCUUCGACGUGCUGCGUUUAAGACCAACUCACCUCCUGCUAAAGCUGUUGUGGAACAGCUCUUGAGGAUAAUCAAAGAGGUUGACAGUCCGUCAAUGCAAAUUCCGGCGAUAAAGUCUAUUGGUUCAUUGGCUAGAACGUUUCCUGCUAGAGAGACUCGAGUAAUAGAACCCCUUGUAGCACAACUGAGUAAUAGGGACAUGAAUGUAGCAGAUGAAGCAGCCAUUGCUCUUACCAAGUUUGCGUGUCCUGAUAAUUUCUUAUAUAUUGAGCAUUCUAAGAAAAUAAUCGAAUUUGAUGCAGUCCCAGCAGUGAUGAAGCUUUUGAGGAAUAACGAUGUUAACCAGAUGUAUCAUGGUCUAACUCUCCUUUGCUACCUUGCACUACAUGCUGGAAGCAGUGAGUCCUUGGAACAAGCAAGGGUGCUGUUGGCUCUAGAGGGUGCAGAUAAAACGAUUCUUCCUCAGCAUAUAAGGGAUUUGGUAUCCAAAGCAAUUGUCCACCUCAAUUUGUAUCAUGCUGGAAGGAAUUCUCAACCAUUGUCGUAUAUGCCUUGA